AUAUCAUGUUCCCCAACACACGCUUAAGUAUGGUAAGCACGUGAAUUGAAAGCAAUUUAAAACAGGAUUCUACUAGUCAUGUGGGGGUUAUAGAUGGUUAAUGAGUAUUGAAAGGUAUACCCAGCGCUGUAUAUCUGGAGUUUAAAAAUGUACCAAUGGUUUGGCCAGAAAAUGUAGCCAAGCCUAUUGUAUAGUAGAGUUGGCCAGCUAAUGUACAGUCCCAGUCGUAGAUUACGGGCUAUCUUUUUACAUACAUACUACUGGUACAGCUCAAAUUUUAUUCCCACCAGUUGUGCGACCAAAUAGUUUUGCUCGCACGUGCAUGCUGUAGGCCUAUUUGAGGGACAAUACUGAAAGAACUUGUGCUUGGAGGUACUGGUGCAAAGGAAUUUCAAACUGAGUAUGAGAGGUUAUGAAAUCCCAACUAAACAUGUGUAAAGUAAUGGCAUCAUAACCUAUGGUUCUUCUAGCCAUUGUUUUGGUACCAAAAGGUCUCUCCAAGCCCUACAGGACUACUACUACUAUCUGCUAUUGUUUUCUGAUUUCUACAUCCCACUGUCAGCMUGUUAUUGUUGGUUUUUGAUUCAUGUGCAUAGUAUCAGUGGGUAACAAUUGAGGACCAAGAUAGAAACCAAACUUUCUGUUGAAGAAGAUUAAAACACCAGUUAUGGAAAAACAAACAUGGCUUGCCAAUUUCAGGCCCUAUUGUAUACUGUGACGACUACUCUGGCUACUAUGGAAUUUGCAUGGACUCAAGCCAAAAUCUUCAUUUAGCACAUGUGGUGUGAAAAACUGAUGGCUACACUACCUCUUCCAGCAUCGGAUCUCCAAUUCAGAUCCCCAUUCUAGCUCCUAGUUACCUGUGGUGGCACUAAUAAUAGAAGCUGCUUUAUCUUUGACUCAAUUCUUUUUGAGUUAACAUGUUUUCUUGUGGGAGCAAUGCAAUUUGAAUCUCCAUGGACAUACUCUUUCUCAGAAGCAGGUAUUAGACAGACAAGCAUGAUGGUUGACAAAGUAUCUCCUCCACCACUUGUUUUCCCUCAUACUCAUAUGGUUUUAGGAUAAAUUCUACCUACCACCAGGAUCGUUUAAUGUUCAGAAUUUGUUUCCUAGUUCAUGUACUGUAGGCGAUGGAGAUUGCUGCCCAAUGGAUACAGGGGGUGUAGAAUUCCCCCUAAUUGAUGUAGGGGAUUUAGAAUUACUCCUGAACAACCUAGGGGAUUUAGAAUUCUGCCCCAUCCCCCCAUUGGAUGUAGAGAAUGUAGUGGAAUUCCCCCCAAUUCACAUGGGGGAUCUAGAAACCCCCCAAUCAAUGUAGGGGACCUAAAAUUCCAAAAAUCGACCUAGGAGAUGUAGGAUUCCCCCCAGGGGAUGUAUAUUUCCACCCAAUUGACGUAGGGGAUGUAAAUUUCCACCUAAUCAACGUAGUUCUGCCCAAUCAAUGUAGGGGAUCAUGUACAGUAGAAUUAGAAUUUAUCAUAGUAUGUACAGGAGCCAGUGCAGUAUCAUACUUGUACUGUAGAAUGUGACCCAGUAGAAUGAUACCUUCUUCUUUAAAUCAACAAGCAACGGGAAAUGUUUUAACUUUUUAAGACUUGUGUUGCCAAGUGUUGCCGCCAGCAAAAAUUAGAAAAAAAAUAUUUUUUCUUUGCUACUACUACAUUACUAAACCUAUUACAUUCCUCUCAUCACUAUGCAAUAAUAAGAAUAUUUUUUAGCAAAUAUAAAAAUAUAAUUAUUCACAUAUCACAUCACUGCACCUGAUGGUUGAAGUUACUCCAAUGAUCUUUAAAUUCAGCAACAUGGCAACUUCUGCAGCACCAACCAUUCUUCCUUGACAUUUUCAGCAUUGUACUUACAAAAAUCUCUGGCAACUUCCUCAAUCUCCUGCUCACUGAUAAGUCAGGAUACCUUUGCAUUGCUUCUUCUACACAAAACAAAACAAUAGUUCCUCUUUGCUCCUUUGUACUUUCCAUUGCAUCUUUCCUCAUGUGGCUUUGUUCAUCAAUAAAAUGAUGCUGAGAUGUAUGAGAAGCUUGAACUUUUUCCCUCACAUUCUAUAGUAUACUAUAUGAUUUGAACGCUUUCCACCAUUCCUUCAUAAAAUCAUCACACAUAAGGCUGGUUGUAUUUAUGUAGCAGGAAUGUACUACUCUCUCAAGGAACCAGAAGAAAAUAAAAAGAUACCAUCUGUUUGUGCAAAGUGAUCUUGAAUAUUUUGUACUAUCAUUGUCUGAGAUGUCUCUUUUGGACUGUACCACUCUUAGAUAGUAGCUUUGGAAAAAGAAAACUUUCUAGAGAGUAUGAGCUAAUCUUCUUCUUUGUCUGAUCAACAGUGAUUGGCUUCUUAGGAAGAUACUGGACAAAACCAGAUUGCUUGCUGUCCUUUGUAAAUAGCUAAUCAGAGACUUGUCAACAGACAGAUCAAUAUUUGCAUGUCACCCAAGAAAAAAAGACAACCAGACAUUUUCUCCAUCACGGCCCUGAUUUUGCAGAGGGAAUUGUCAGUGUGAUUGGCUUGGCUUCUGCUGUAAAUGAAUAUAUUGGCUAACAAAGGCAAAUCCAUUUUCCCUCUUUCUUGUGUUCCUGACAAAGGGAGCAUAGAUUCUGCCAUUCUCAACACCAACCAAAAGUAUUUGAAGUUAUUACUUUGAAGUAAAACAUCUGAAGUAGAAAUAUACCAAGCCAUGCCAAGAUGUAACUACAAGCAAAGUUCCACCAUUGUUGGUCUUUCAGUUCUUCACCUGUGGUGACACGGCCUUUGUAGACAGUAGAGAGAAGCAGAUUAAGUCCUGGCAAAGAUAGUGCAGCUCAUUUUGUCCAGAUCAGAUGAAUUGGAGAGGCCAUGGUCAAGGAGGAGUUUUUGGAUCUCAUCAUCACCAGAGGAUACAUCAGAGUAUUACUAGUACUACUAAUAGUAGUACUAGUACCAGCUACUACUAGUACUAGUAGGUGGCAUCAGGAACACUUUCAAGAGAAGGGAUGGCACCACCACUGAGAACAAUGCUGUCUUCUUGGGGAGGACUACUCUGAGGGUCUAGACCAAAAUGCUGAUCAUCAGAUAGGAUCGCAUCACUACCAUACUGGCAAUCAUCAUAAAAAACAAGAAACAAUCCCACCAUGGUGAUAGUACUUUCAACCUAUGGGAGUGACUGUCCUAAUAGUGAUGUAAAAUGUGUGCUAGAAGAAAAGUGAGUUGAUGCUCUUAUCGAGGAUCGACGAACUAUGAAAUCUAGAAUCAAUCGCUGUGAGGAUCAUCGAGUGAUGUGUGAAUUGAAUGAGUCGAGUCACUCACGCAAGUGAAUGAGAUGAGUCAUGUCGAUUGUAUGAAUCCGAUGGGAUCAAGUGAAUCAUGUAUGUAUGGUGUGUAUGAAUUGUAGAUACGUAUCAUAUGUAUGUGUCAUAUAUAUGAGUCAUACCCACGGUCUGAUAUCCUACAGACAGCAAUUUUAUGUUGGUAAAUAUUAUUGUUUGUGUGAUUGGAGUGAUUAUUUUUUGUUUGGAAAUUGUAUGCAGUGAGAGAAUGAAUAAAUGAGUAGAAAAGAAGUAGUUUAAUUUGUUUUAGAAUUUUUUCUGUAUUUCAGUCUUCUUUUGUGUAGGACUUGUAAUACAGUCUACACAUUUUGAGAGAAAAUAAUAAUAAUAAAAUGGAAACUCUGAAAAAAACUAAAAAAACUGCGAUUGGGGCGGAUUUACGAAAAAAUUAACGCAACCAAUAAUUAUUUGUCUGACUGAGAUGCGUAGAAUUUCUGUACCUGUAAUAAUAGUUUCCCGUUCACCCUUUUCAAAUGUUUUUCAGAGACGCCCACCAGUUUCAAUUUUGACCGUGUAGUAUCGACUGAAAAAUUCAUCGCGAAAACGUCGAUCACUAUUACUGUCCUUUACAUCCUACUAACGAUAAACAAGGUCAACAGAACUAAGUUGAUGUCUGAUAUCUUACCGUUCUUUUGAUUUUCAUUGUCACGUUUGACAUCUGAUAUCGGCCAAUCUAAAGAAUCCUUCACAAGCAAAAGUUUCCGACCGAAAAGUUCUGAGAAAGAUGUCAGGCGGUGUUACUUGGGGAAGCAAUACAGUGCACACAAUCGGAGGGGCUCCUGCUCCAGCUUCGUCUGGAUUUUCCUUCGGGACUCCGUCACCAUCUCCCGCUCCUUCUGCAUUUGGUGCUCCCGCUCCAUCUGCGUUUGGAGCUCCUUCAACCGCACCUGCUACUGGGGGAUUUGGCUUUGGAAGUACGGCGAAACCCCCUGCCGCCGGAGGUGGCUUGUUUGGAACCCCGGCUCCUGCGCCGGGUGCUUUUGGUACUGCUAGCUCUUUUGGUUCAUUUGGUCAACCGAAACAACCACAGCAACCAGGUGUACCGCAGCAUCAUAUACCAGCUCAGGCGGCGAUGGAGGCAAGUUUUGGAUUGAUGUUGAUGAGUCGAGUUCUUCUGUUUCGCUUUCGAUGCGUCUGUAAAUUGUUGUCACAAUCUCACUUAUUUGAAAUUUGCAUUCUUUCACUCGUGAUAAAUUCUAAUUGUCUGCAAUAAUCACACUCUUACAGGCGAAGAUCACCGCUGAAAGAGUUGUAGAGGCUUCUAGAAUUCGAACAAAGAUUGAAAAGUUGCAUCGGGAAUACUCUGGAACUUGUGUCGUCCCGGAAGACGGCGAAGAAUCCGCAAAGUUUGUCGCUGUAGUUUACAACGAAAUAACUCCCGAAGAAAGGCAAUUGCGAAUGAUCCAUGGAAUGGCAACGGGGCAACCACAAGAGCAAGGAAUGUAUUCCCAACAUUUCCAUGACUUGCAACAGCAACAACCAAUUUUUGCUCCCCAGCGUCCCCCUCAAAUCAAUAGCCGCGACUGGAAGAUGGCAGUGGUCAACAACCCAGACCCAAACAACUAUGUACCUACUCCAAUCAUCGGUGCUGUAGCUCUACAAGGUCGGGUAUCGAACCAGCAGACACGGGCCAAGGCAUACGCAGACAACGCAGUUGCAGUGCAGAAAAACUUGGAGUUUAUCCGUCAACGCGCGGCGAUUGCCAGACAAGACUUGAUGGAGAAGGACCGGCAAUAUGCCACUUUGCGCCGUCGUCUAUUGGAACUGAUGAUGCGGGUUGAAGUUGCCCGGUGUCUGAACAAACCGCUUCAGCCCGACGAAUAUCGUGUUAUGCAACGGCUGACCAAACUUUUGGAUCAGGUGGAGAAGCUUCGAGGGGCUUUUUUCAAAUUACAAGAUCAGGCAAAAACACAGAGUGUCAGUGGUAAUAAUGGUGGUGUUUCGAUCAAUACUAGUGUUGCUGAUGUCGAUGGAAACCUAGUGGGAUCAUAUAAAGAAGAAUUGGUGGGGAUUUUGAAAGAGCAGAGACGAAAGCUUGAAAAACUGAACGAAACUGCCAAAAACGAUCUUCGUGAUGUGGGAUUGAUCGCACGUCGUGUUGUGGUAUCAGUCCCAGCCUCCAUUCCUCACUAAGAAUAUUAUCUGUAGGAUUUAUAGUGAACGUCUUGCAAGGACGAAGUUAUUGGAUUUUUUUGGCCGUUAGCAUUGAAUAGAAGCAUAAAAAAGAA